ACUGUUAUUGUAGUACCGUGGUGACAACAUGCCAUUGAAAUGGAAAACGAGCUCUCCUGCUAUCUGGAAAUUCCCAGUUCCUGUGCUUAAAACAUCCAGGUCAUCGCCACUUUCUCCAGCAUACAUAUCUCUCGUGGAAGAGGAGGAUCCUCAUAUGAAAAUAUCUCUUGGUAGCAGCGAUAUGGGCGUCUCUGCCCAUCUACAGUCUUCGAAGGCAGGGACCACAAGAUUUUUCACCAGCAAUACUCACAGUUCUGUGGUAUUACAGGGUUUUGACCAACUGCGAGUGGAAGGUUUGCUUUGUGAUGUGACGCUUGUUCCGGGAGAUGGUGAUGAAGUCUUUCCUGUUCACAGAGCAAUGAUGGCUUCUGCAAGUGAUUACUUCAAGGCUAUGUUCACAGGAGGAAUGAAGGAACAGGAUUUAAUGUGCAUUAAGCUUCAUGGUGUGAACAAAAUAGGCCUAAAGAAGAUCAUUGAUUUCAUUUAUACUGCGAAACUUUCCCUGAACAUGGACAACCUUCAGGACACCCUGGAAGCUGCCAGUUUUUUGCAGAUUUUACCUGUUUUGGACUUCUGUAAGGUGUUUCUUAUCUCUGGGGUUUCAUUGGAAAACUGUGUCGAGGUUGGGCGAAUUGCAAACACAUACAAUCUCACAGAAGUAGAUAAAUAUGUAAAUAAUUUCAUCCUGAAGAACUUUCCUGCACUAUUAAGUACUGGUGAAUUUGUGAAACUCCCUUUUGAACGUCUUGCCUUUGUGCUUUCAAGUAAUAGCCUUAAGCACUGCACUGAACUUGAGCUCUUCAAGGCAGCUUGUCGCUGGCUACGGUAUGAGGAGCCUCGGAUGGAGUGUGCUGCAAAGCUAAUGAAGAACAUCAGGUUUCCACUGAUGACACCCCAGGAUCUUAUUAACUAUGUUCAAACAGUGGACUUCAUGAGAACUGACAAUACCUGUGUAAACUUGCUUUUGGAAGCCAGCAAUUACCAAAUGAUGCCAUACAUGCAGCCGGUUAUGCAGUCAGAGAGGACUGCCAUUCGGUCGGACAGUACUCACUUGGUGACAUUGGGGGGAGUGCUGAGGCAGCAGCUGGUUGUUAGCAAGGAGUUACGGAUGUAUGACGAAAAGGCCCACGAAUGGAAAUCCUUAGCUCCAAUGGAUGCGCCAAGGUACCAGCAUGGCAUUGCCGUGAUUGGAAACUUUCUUUACGUAGUUGGGGGCCAGAGCAAUUACGACACGAAGGGAAAGACGGCGGUUGACACGGUCUUUAGGUUUGAUCCUCGCUACAACAAGUGGAUGCAAGUUGCAUCUUUAAAUGAGAAGCGCACCUUCUUCCACCUAAGUGCCCUCAAAGGACAUUUGUACGCAGUCGGUGGUCGAAAUGCAGCGGGUGAGCUAGCCACUGUGGAAUGUUACAAUCCCAGAAUGAAUGAAUGGAGCUAUGUCGCAAAAAUGAAUGAACCCCACUAUGGUCAUGCUGGAACUGUGUAUGGGGGAUUAAUGUAUAUUUCAGGUGGAAUUACUCACGAUACUUUCCAAAAGGAACUUAUGUGUUUUGACCCUGACACAGACAAAUGGACUCAGAAAGCUCCGAUGACAACAGUCAGAGGUCUGCAUUGCAUGUGUACUGUAGGAGACAAGCUAUAUGUUAUUGGUGGAAAUCACUUUAGAGGAACGAGUGAUUAUGAUGAUGUCCUAAGCUGUGAAUAUUACUCACCAACUCUAGACCAGUGGACUCCAAUUGCUGCCAUGUUACGUGGGCAAAGUGAUGUUGGGGUUGCUGUCUUUGAAAAUAAAAUCUAUGUUGUUGGAGGAUAUUCUUGGAAUAAUCGGUGUAUGGUGGAAAUAGUUCAGAAAUAUGAUCCAGAAAAAGAUGAGUGGCAUAAAGUAUUUGACCUUCCAGAAUCACUUGGUGGCAUUCGAGCCUGCACUCUUACUGUUUUCCCACCGGAGGACAAUACAGGGUCACCAUCUAGAGAAUCUCCUCUUUCAGCACCUUAGAAACAUCCCUUGACUUAUGAUGUUGUAGUAACACCUUUGCACUGCAUCAUGGAGUCUAUUAUUUUUCUUCAGUAGUUUCUAUUAGGCUUAGCCUACAGCAUUUCGUACAAUUACUGGAAAAAGAAACCCCACAACUUUGACAUUAUUUGUGCUGUUUGUUGGCCUAGAAUGUUUGUCAAGUGGUUAACAAAAACAGAUGUACUCACCCGAGCCAAAUGUUUAACAAAUGAGAAGAUAUUGUCUAUAAAAUGUAUGAACUAGGUACGUUUAUUAAUGUUGUGUAUUGGGUGUGAGGUACCUUUAUAGCUACCAUUUGGAAGCCCAGUGAGUCAAAUUUGAAGACUUUGUAUUGAAGACGUUCUUUCAGUAAAUUUCAUAGUUUAAAUCCUUUUUCCUUUCAUUUUUGACUGCUGAUUAUAAGGGGAGGUAGACCACAUCAAUGUGAGCUAUGACAGAAGGUUGCCAAGGGGCCUGAGCUACCUCCCUCUUUUCAGAGUAUUUUUGACAUAGCUGUUUACCCGCCUGACUUUGUGGGUGCUUUCAGAGCAUAUGAAGUUUCUUAGGCAGAGGGGAGAAAUAAAAUAAUUUUAAAAUAUUAACACUAUACAGGAAGCAGACCUUGUAGAGGCCGGGAGUUUUUUAUAACUUAUUGAGUGUUUUUCCUCAGUCAGUUGAGUGAUGCUUCAAACAAAAGAUUUACAAUGUUUGGGUUUUUUAAUUUGGGUUUUUUCAGGAAUUGGCUUCCGCUUGCGUGGGAGCACACACUAUUAACAAACGGGAAUUCAGUGCAGUUGUAUAUUCUCUUGUAUGCCUGUACUGAAUAUAGGUAGAUAAGGGCUAGAAACAUUAACUUAAGCCACUGAAUUUGACCACAUCGUUCCAUCAAAUUUAAUCUACCUUUUCUCCUUUGCUGUUGAGAACUUGCAUAAUGUGUCCUCUGUAUAGUCUCAGUUAAUAAGGUUGUUCAGCACAAAGUGCAGCUUCAGUGAGAGCUGCUUUUGCUCAGUGAACUUGGACUACCACAUUUUACUUUAUUUUGUUCAAUAAAACUUCUAACUGCAGUUAUUCAGUCUAAGCUACCUCAUUAAUGUAUUUGGUUUUCUUCCUCUGCCUCACUGUCUCCAGGUUACACGUUAUGUAUAUCUGUGUGGGUAGAUUAAUUUGCUAGGAAACCAAUGCAGAAGUGAUCAUGAAUGGGUAUUUUGACCUACUUUUAAGAAACUAUUUUGGCCUGAUGUGUUCAUUUUAUUGUUAAGGACUGACAAAAGAACAAACUGUCUUACUUUGUUUCCUUGGAGAACUACUGCUUAUGUUUGCAGCCAUGCAUAUUUACAGAAAUCUUUGUCAGCUGCAAAAUACAGCGCGCUGCUGACAGUUGCAGCUCUGAGUGCUUAUAGAAGGCUAAUAGCAUCGUGCUUGUUCUGUACCAUCGUAUGUUACAAGUGGUUUUGCUAAUGAAGAGUCAGAGGGGCCACCAUCUGGGGAAAACUGUUUAAAUUGGUUAGCUUGUGUAAUUAUGCUACCUAUCACCAAUAACCAUGUAAAGCUUAAUAGACUUGUUGGGAGUAUGCUAUUUGUAUUUUGUCCCUGCUUGAUGCAUCAAGCAGCAGUAUUGCUAUGGUGUCAGUUUUGAUAUUUAUUCUUUAUGCAGUUUACUAGUAAUGAUCUACCAAAAUGUGUGUGUAAACUUUAGGUUUUGAAAUUGUUUUGGUUAAAAUCAAAAUCAAUUCUUCCUUUUUAAAAAAA